AACUGACAUACGAUCGAACGCAAGCCUCAUGCUCCGACCCAUUCUGCAGGAUUCGCAUAGUCUUUGCACACGCCUUUGCAUCCACCCGGCAAGUGCCAAGUGAAGUAGUUUCUCGGUGCUGAAGUAAGUGAAGCAUGCAGCAUGAUGUCACGCAAACUUCGACUUUUGAGAAACAGCCGGCCCAGACCCAGACAAAAAGAGGAGCGCACCACGCCACAUCAACUGCGACUAAAAGCAUAGGGGUGAGGAGUGUGUCCCCUUCAUUGGCGAUAUCUUCACUAGAUGAUGAGCUAUUGAGCAGAUCGAUUCCGAGGACCCUGCAAGUCUGCAGUCUGCCCAUCCAGCUUUCUCCCCCUAUAACACCACUAGGAUAUCUCUCUGAAGGAUCCCCGCAUUCCUCCCAGAAUUUCGCAGGAUAUCUUCCUUCUGCCUCUCAACAAACCGCCAACUGGUUGAGAGCAUCUCGAACUUGCCAACAUGGUGUCUCUUUGGGGUUCUUCGAAGAAGGAUGAUGACCAUGAAGCGGCUCGAUCGCAGAACGGAGAGUCCAGUGAGCACAUUGCUCAGCCACGAGUUUCCGAAGCAGAUGAGCGCACUCGACUGCUUCCUCCUCAGACUCAUGAAGCAUACCUGAGCCCAGAUGAUCCAGCUGUUUCCCCUUACAAUCUCUGGAGCGUGCGAUGGUUGAGAUACUUUACCGUCUUCUUCUCCUUAUUGACUUUCCUCUGGUGGGUGCUAUUGUUGGUAUCAAUAUUCGUCAGCCCGCCAGGAAUGCAUGCUCGCGGGUCAGGCUUCUUCGACUUCUCUUAUACAACCCUGACGUUGGGCUUGCUCCUUAUUGUCCUCCUCUUCUUCUCUACGCCGUCCAAGGCUGCACAAGUAACUUGCUUGGUCAUUGCAGUCAUCCUACUGAUUGAUAUGAUCCUCAUUCUUGCUGUGCCAAGACUUCGAGUCGAGGAAGGGUGGGUUGGAAUUGCGAGCGUCGUGUGGGCUGUACUGAUCAGUGUCUGGACCGUCUUCACCGACAGGAUUGUUAGCUGGGGCAAACGCGAGGAGGAGGAGCGUCUGACCGGUCGUCCCGAAACUCGCCGUACUCUGCGAGAGUGGUGCUCGGUCCUUACCUCCACUGUGAUCUUGGUCAUCAUCGCAGUCGUUGCCGUUCUCCUUUCCGCUACCUUGAUGCUUCGAUCGCGGGAUGCCUCUCUUGCGCCGCCAGGAGAGCGAUACUAUGUCGACGGCGAUAAAUACCAGAUCCAUGUCUUCUGCACUGGCAACUCAACCGAUUCUAAAGGCAAGAAGUUGCCUACUGUUCUGUUCGAGGCCGGAGAUGGCCCUUUUGAAGGAGGCAUGAUCCAGGUCGCGGAAAAUGGUAUUGCAAAUGGUAGCAUCAGCCGAUACUGUUACUCGGAUCGUCCAGGGAUUGCUUGGUCUGACAAUGCUCCAUCUCCAUUCUCGGCUGGAAUGGCAGCGGACGUUCUCUCCGAAGCUCUGGCCCGUGCUGGAGAAGAAGGUCCAUGGAUUCUCGCAAGUGCUGGUGUCGGAAGCAUCUACAGCCGUAUCUUCUCUUCCCGCCAUGGGCGUGAUGUUUCUGGUCUCUUGAUGAUCGACCCCCUUCAUGAAGAUCUCCUCUACCGCAUCGGCUCUCCUAACCGAGGUUUUCUUCUUUGGGCAUGGGGCAUCAUCUCUCCGCUAGGCCUGGACCGCCUCCCUGCAGCUCUCUUCAAAGGUCGCACUCGCGAGGAUCGUGUCUAUGGUCGUUCAGCCUACCAAAGUGGAAAGUACAUCAAGGCCAAACUCCAAGAGUCUCUGGUUGCCAACUCCUUAACCAAGAACGAAGUCAGCAGUGCAAGAAACAUUCAAUUCGACAAAACACCACUGGUGAUCAUCAGCUCAGGCAUCGAAGUCCGAAGAGACAGUGAGUGGGAGAAGAAACAGAGAGACUUGACUCACUUGACCAGAAAGCUUGUGAGCUGGGAUAUCGUCACCAAGGCCCCAGGAGAGGUAUGGAAGACUUAUGAUGGACGGGAGAUGAUUGAGAAGAGAUUGAAGGAAUUGGUCCACGCAGAAAGGACCCAGGGGGAAUAUGAGUACACAACAGAGUGAGUGAAGAUUGAAGAACAGCACACAGAGAGAAGAGGUGGCCAGCGUAUUUCUUUUCCAUGCAUUUUGUCUUGCAUAUUAGCUCAGGAGCAUUUUCAUUUGCGUUGGUUUCGUGAUACUCCACGCUAGUUCUCAGAUGUAUAUUAGACUUUCCACUUUGGUCAGUCGUCUCUUUGGUAAACAGGACACUCGAGGUCCAAAAUCCACAGGAGAAAUGUGGAUGAUGAAUCAAAAUUGAAUACGAUAGAGGAAAUAAUUUUUACCAACGACUUGUGGGAUCCCUACUUCCAGUUCAGGAG